AUGGGUAUCGGAGAUUUCGAUGAGCGUGAUUUCGAUCUUGAUAUGUCCGAAGAUGUACACCAGGAGAUCUCCGAUAUACUAUCAAAUCCGGUUCCAUCCGCUACUGCAGGACCAACUACUCGAGUUGAUUCAGCUGAAGUAGGUGUAUCAAAAGGACCAACCAACAAAGCUGAUGCAUCUACUGUCAUUGGUGAAUGUGAUCAACCUGAAGGUCUGGGUUUCUUACUCUUGGCAAGUCCCCCAGCUGAAGUUGAACCACCAGUCACUGCUCCCCCGACUUCCGCUAUUGUCGAAGCUGAACCUGUUGUGCUUUCUGCUCCGACUCUAGUGGAUCAUGAAGUAGGAGGGUCAAAGGAUACAGCGGGAGAACAACCCCCUGCCGCUUCGACUCAGCUUGAACUUGUUCCUCAAGAUUUUGUCGCUUUGGAUCCGAAGCCAUCAGGUGUUUCAGGUGAACAACCGUCUCCUAUAGUAACUCAACCGACGAUCGUUAUUCCUGAACAGAUCCCUGUUGUUAUAGAAUCUGCUCUGACCUCAACAAGCCAAGCUAUUUCUUCUUCAUUGUCCGAGCGGAUUCAAGUUUUAUUGGCAGAUGAAGAUCCGGACAAAGCUGCCCUCUGUGUUGACGUCCAAAGCUUCGUUCAUUUCUUAAACGCCAUGGUCGAUCGGAUUCUUCUUAAAGGUUCACCAUUUGAACUUUUCAGGAAGUCUCUCGAUCGCCAUGUAUCAGGAAUUAAAGAACAGGGGUGCACCGAAUUAUCUAACUCCAUAGAAGCUUAUUUGGUCGAUCUUAAACAACACAUUGAACAGUUACAGAACUUUCGAGUUGAUGGCGCACCUUCUUACAUCGCUUCCGAAAUGGACCUGAGGCUACAAGCAUGGCGUGAUUCUCAGAAAUCCGCUGAAUCCGAACUUCAAACACUGAAGACUCGCAUUGAUCAACUCCGGGUGAGUGCUGCCAAGAAAGCUCAAAUCAAGGUAGACCUGUAUCGUGAUUUGGAAUCACGUCGGACAGAGGUAGCCCAGUUAGAGAAACGACUUGCCGAAGCUAAGGAUGCUUGCGAAUUUUUGGAGUCUGAUCUAGCAGAAGUAACUCAAGCUGAGGUGGAUAUACUCCGGCAACUUAAUUUCCAGAACAAGACUUUUGAUGACAAAGAACAAGAGGUUGCCAGAAUUCAAAGUAUCGAUGAAAGAAAAUUUAAAGCCAAACUGAUACCUGAGCUCGAAUUGGCUUACGCGACAAAGCUUUCUAAAUUAGAAGAUGAAUUCCGUCAUUACAAAUUAUUGUAAUUUUGAAAACAUGCAUCUUUUCUUUUGUGCUGCUUUGCUUGAACUCUUUUGGUUAAUACAAUGAACUUUUCUUUUUUAUUGAGAUUUUAUUAUGAUUACUCAUUCUUGUUUAGAAUAAAUAGU